AUGGCAAUGGAGUUUGGUGUCGGAUAUAAAUUUAAUCCUAGUGAUAUAGAGUUGAUUGAGUAUUAUCUGCUAAACAAGAUUACUAACCAACCAUUACCCAUGCAACAUGUGAUCGAAUGCGACGUCUACGAUGAAAAACAAAUGUCCAACAUAUUCAACACUGUGAAAACCAAUAUCUACGUGUUCACACAGUUGAAGAAGAAGUCUGGAAAGGGGAAGAGAAUUGAUCGGACGGUGGGUAAGAUGGGUACGUGGAAAGCGAUCGAUGCGGCGAAGCCUAUUGAGGAUCACCAUGGAAGACUUAUUGGAGGCAAGCGAAGUUUGGAUUAUGAGAACAAAGAACGGUCUGGCGAACACGGCGCAUGGAACAUGAAGGAAUACACUCUUGAUGGUGCAUUGCUCGCACGUAUUAAUGAUCUCAAAUUGAAGGACUAUGUGCUCUGUUUUAUACAAAGGAAAAGGCGAGUUACAAAGCGAGCAACAACAGGGGAUGAUAGUGAACAUGGAGUUGAAACGGUUGUCUGUGAUGAUGAGCAGCUGAUCAACUAUGGGUAUUUGAACAACAACAAAAGGGCAAGAAGAUCUGUUGAAGAAUGCAAUCAACCUAGUAAUUCUGGUUUUCGUUUUGGUUUCAAUGAUGAUGCAUUGGAGAAACCAGUAGUACCAAAAGAAGUAGAACAGAAAGAUAGCUCUAUCUUCAAAUUGGAAUUAGAUAAUUUGGCCAAAUUUCUAGGAGUAGAUGAACCGACUGUGAUGCAAGAUGGUGAAAACAUAGCUACAACUCCUGGAAAUGACCGACCUGCAUUGGAUGAUGAAGCUUUCAAGUAUAUUAUUGAUCCAAGUGUCUGUGAUGAUGAACAAUGGCUACUUCAACAGGAACAGCUGAUCAACAACAAAAGCAAACAUACAACAAGCCAUAAUGAAGAAUGCAAGACAAACAGAGAUAGAUUGGCAAUGUCACUGCCCUCUGGUAAUCCUGAUUUUAGUGGUGCAUUCAAAUCAGGAUCAAUUGUUGCGUCUAUCUUGGAAUUGGAAUUAGAAAAUGUGGCCAAAUUUCCAAAACUGGAUCAACCAUGUAGGAUGCAAGAUCCUGAUGCUGCAUCUGAUGGCUGGUCAAUGGGUGAAACUAUAGCUACAAGUCUUGGAAGUUACCAACAUGCAGUAGAUGACGACGGCGAUCAUGUUUUCGACAGCAAUUAUUGGGUAGACUCAUUUGUUAAAGAUUUAUUGAAGGGUGAACAGCUACCUUUGCAAGAGAGUAAAAUCGAGAUGUUGUCUAACACAUUUUUUGGAGGUCUGUAA